AUGUCAUUUGGCAAAGAUCUAUGGGAUCAAGUUCCUGUAAUUGAAAGCUAUGCAGAGCAUGGAGUUCAAUUUAUGGAGAAAAUCAACGACUUUAUGAAGCAAAUACUGACAAUUCAAGCAGAUGCUGCGAGAAAUAUGCAAAAAGUGACUAAACAGCACAAAGAGGAGAUUUCUCGUAAACUUAAUGAGAAAGUCAAUUCCAAUUUCAACAAGGCUGUUCUUGGAAGCACAUUGUCCCAAACCUGGAUGUUGAUUUUGAACGAGACAGAAGCCAUUGCCAAUUACAAACUUGAAGUUUGCGACAAAAUUGAGGCAGAUGUACGCAAAAACAUCAAGCAUCGAGCUAAAGACAAUGAGAAAAUAAACAAGCAGUAUUUUGAUGAUAUUCGCAAAGCCAGUGGAGAAUUAAAGAAGACUGUUGAUAAUCUUGAAAAAGUACAACAGCGAUACGAAAAAGCCAUGAAAGACAUGGAUGCAGCAAAGGAAGCCUAUGAGAAAGUUAGUGCUGAUCACAAUUCCACUAAAAAGAUCAUCGACCAGCAUAAGCUUGAAGCAGAUAAAAAAGCCACUGCUGCCCAAGAAGCAUCUAUUGCUUACAAACAAUGCAUGAUUCAGAGUAACGAGCUCAAAAACAAGCAUUUUGACGAAAUUCUUCCUAAUCUGCUCGAUUGUAUUCAAGGGGCUGAUAUGGACAACAGAACAACAUUUUGCCAAACCGCUCUUCGUAAUUACGUUGAUUUCAACAUUUCUAAUGGCCCAAAGGUUGAAAAAUCUUAUCAGUUAAUGUCUGAUACGGUCAAUAAUAUCAAUGGCAAAGCGGACAUGGAACUAUUUAUUCGAUCUUUUCAAUCCAAUGAUCCAUUGCCCAAAGACUUUUUCAUGAGCGAUACGCAGGAGACUGAGAAUAGCAAAAGAACAUUUCUCAGAGGAUUAAGCAAAACCCGUGAGGAUACCUAUGAAGAUCAAAUUGAGGACCAAAUCGUUGUUCUUCCUGCUAAACAAGGUCGUAAAAAAGCAGUAGAUCGUGCCAAGAUACAUGAAAAAGAAGUUGCCGAGGUUGAAAAAAAGCGUCAGGGAAUCGAAAGUCUAAUUCAUGCUCACAAAGAAAAGUCGGCUGCAGGGGAUACAAAAGUCAUGGAUGACCUUGUGGAGCAAAAGUUGCUGUUGGAGCGACGAAUUGACACACUCAUGAUGAAACGACACAAGUUACUGGUUUACGUAGCUACAGUCGAUGGUGUUUCACCUCCCGAUGCGCCUAUCGCUGUUCAAAACCGUGUGACUACAGCCAGUCCAUUAACCAUUUCAAAUUUUGGUACACCCAGCGUGAUUGAAAUGGUGAGUAAAAUGUCUCCAUCCCAAAAUAGUUUUUCAUCAAUCAAACCAACUCAAUCCCCAACCGGUAACGCUCCGUUGAUGCCACUAUCGUCGUCAAUCUGCAACCCUGGAAUGGAGAAGUUGGCUGGUGGACCUAUUAUUGAUCGAUGCAAAGUAGUGUUUGAGUUUGAGGCUGCUGCUGGAUCUCAAGAAAUGUCCGUGAAAGCAGGUCUAGUUUUAGAUGUGAUUGAAAAGCAAGAUGAUGGAUGGUGGCGCUGUCGAUAUGAUGGCAAGGAAGGAUAUGUUCCUGGAAACUACACGGAGCCAGUAUAA